AUGGGCGUUUAUGAAGAAGCGAAGAUUCGUCUUCAGGACAUUCAAAAUAGAAUAAAUAGAGUACGUGCAGCUGGAGUUGCAUUGGAAGAAGACCCAACCAGUAGAACGUCAUUAACAAAAUUCCGAAUGAUGUACGCUACAGUUCCGCGGUUGCAAGAAGACUUCGAGGCACAACUGUCAAUCAUUAUAAAGCAAUUAGGAAAACCGGAAAAGGAUCAAAGGCCGGAGGAAAAUGUAUAUUCACCGGAUGACCUGCGUGAAAGAUUCGAUGAGUCGUUUUUCAGUAUUAUGAUUGUUGCAGACGACCAUAUACCGGCACAACAAUUGGGAAAUCAAGCAGAUGAGACAUUCAUUGAAAGGAAUAGCGGGCGAAGAACUACAUCUAAUAUUAUACCUUUGGAAAAAUUGUCUAUACCACAUUUCAAGGGUGACCCUAGAAAUUAUAUGGGUUUCCGUAACUUGUUUGAUACAGUAGUAAAUGAAAAUGAACAUUAUUCACCUGUGGUUAAGUUCACUUAUUUAAAAAAUUACUUAGAAGGUGAACCGUUGAACUUAAUUAAUAACUUAAUGCUCAGUGAUGAAAAUUACGAGUUAGCUUUGACAAUAUUGAAGAACCGUUAUUCAAAUCGUCGGGUCAUUGCGGAGAGUCAUUUCACGCACCUCUGGGAGAUGAAAAAGGCCGUAUUCAAUGAUGGCAAGUCGAUUAGGCAGCUGUUGAACCACAUAACAGAGGCUAUCGGUGCAUUAAAAAAUUUAAACUACGCCAUAGAUCAUUGGGAUCCGAUAUUGUUGCAUUUGUUUCAACAAAAAUUGGACGGACAGCUGCGAGCUCAGUGGGAGCUGCUUGUAGACACUGCAGAGGAUCCAAGCGUUUCUGAAUUUGUAACAUUCUUAACUAAGUUCUGUAAUGCCGCGUCAGUAGGAAGUCUGGCUAAGGCUGAAGGAGGACGAGAUAGAUUUACAAAUAAGUCUCAAACCAAGACAACUACGUUGCACACAGCUCAAUCAUACCAACAACCUACUGCAAUAAUGAGAAAAGGGAAAAACGAAAAAGGAAAUAACUUCGCGUGCCAGGUGUGCCAGGCGCAACCUGGACACUUACUAAUACACUGUACCCGUUUCAAAGAAAUGACACCAAGGCAAAGACAUCAGACAAUCCAGGACCUUAGGAGAUGUUUUAUGUGUUUUAGUGAGCAUUUAGCGUCACAAUGUAAAUCCACCAGAGCAUGCGGACAGUGUAGCGGGCGGCACCAUACGUGGCUGCAUCUAGGCGCCCGGAAUGACACAGCUAGCGAGGAUGGGCCUACGGGAGAACCAGAAGUGACUCUAGUCCACGUGUCAGCUAAAAUUCGAGAUUACCGUACCAGUGUGCUUCUGGCAACUGCUUCGGUUUCAGUGCAAGACUCUAAUGGACAGUUUAGAUCGGUACGUGCACUGCUAGACAGCGCCAGUCAGAGCAGUUUUAUAACCGAAAAUUGCUUCAGAAGCCUAGGUUUGUCUCGGCACAAAAGUAAUGUGACUAUCCAAGCACUUGCAGGUACGCCAGUACCAACAGUAAAAGGAUUUACGCAAGUAUUAGUCAGACCAAACGAACAAACAUCGCCAACCCUUACCGUGGAGGUACUCAUUUUACCACGCAUAACCGGACUAACUCCAUCAGCUCGAAUAUGGAAGACCGAUUGGCCUCAUAUAGCAGAUAUAACUCUAGCGGAUCCUGCGUAUCACGAGUCACUACCAAUCGAUAUACUCUUCGGAGCUGAUGUUUUUCCACUUCUCCUUUGUGGUGAUAAGCGAGAAGGUGGUUUGAAUGAACCCGUCGCGUUGUCCACCAUUUUUGGUUGGAUAUUGAUGGGACGUAUCGCGGAUACGGAAGAGAGAACUACGACUGCACUGUAUACUACUUUAGAAUCCAUAGAUCAAUCUGUGCAAAGAUUCUGGGAGUUGGAAGAAGUACCUACGGCUGAUCGGAAAACGCCAGCGGAUGUGAAAUGUGAGGAAAUAUACACCAGCACUACAUCAAGACAAGAGGAUGGUAGAUACAUUGUUCAUCUGCCAUUUAUCACCAAUCCACCGAAAUUAGGAGAGUCGAGGCCCAUAGCUCUUAAGCGACUGCAGCGACUUGAAACCAGACUAGAAAAGUCAGAAGAUCUUCGUAAGCAAUAUAACGCAGCAAUGCAGGAUUACUUGGACAGCGGUCACAUGUUAAAAGUACCGCAGGCACAGUGUGGGGUAGAACCAAUUUACUAUACCCCGCAUCAAGCAGUUAUAAAGCUAGAAAGUACCACCACAAAAUUACGAGUGGUGUAUGAUGCUUCAUCAGUAACAACUUCUGGGCUGUCGCUGAAUGAUAAUUUAUACCCGGGACCAAAAUUACAGCAAGAUUUACCGGGAAUAAUUUUGCGUUUUCGUUUGCAUCCGAUAGUCUUCACUGCGGAUGUCAAACAGAUGUUCCGGCAGAUUAAAGUGACACCAGAACACCGCCAAUACCAACGAUUGCUCUACCGGUUUUCAUUGGAAGAGCCAGUAAGUGAAUUUGAAAUGACAACAGUGGCUUUCGGGCAGCGUUCUUCCCCCUUUCUCGCGAUCAGGACCCUGCAUCAAUUAGUAGAGGAUGAAGCUGAACAAUAUCCCGAAGUGAAACAAGUUGUGUUGCAAGACAUGUACGUUGACGAUGUUGCCACCGGAUCUGACAGUGUAGAAAAUGGACUGGCAUUACAACGCGAUUUGAGCUUGGUUAUGGGGAAGGGGCAGUUUGAGCUUCGAAAAUGGAGUAGUAAUUCUCGUGCGCUCUUGGAAGCUGUGCCAAUCUCACACCGACAAACGGACCCAGUCACCUUCGAUGUGACGGAUGGUGGGACCACCAAUGUUUUAGGACUUAAAUGGAUGCCAAACCUGGAUAAGUUAAGCUACAAUGUCCGACCGAAUCCAGUGCGUUAUACCAAACGAGCCAUCCUCUCAGAAAUUGCUCGAAUCUACGACCCUCUUGGUUUACUAUCACCAGUCACAACCGAGCUUAAAAGGUUAAUGAAGUAUCUUUGGUCUAUAAAACUCGGUUGGGAUGACAACGUACCAGAAGAAGCGGCAGAGGCCUGGACACGUUAUCACCAUGAGUUGCUAGAGUUGUCGUCGCUUCGAGUUCCCCGUCGAGUGACCAGGGACGGCGGAAAAUAUGAGUUACACGGGUUUUCUGAUAGUUCCGAAGCCGCAUAUGCAGCGGUGAUCUAUCUACGCGUCGUGGCGCCCAACAACUCAGCAAAAUGUUUUAUGUUAAUGGGUAAAUCGAAAGUUGCCCCGUCAAAACGGAUCACGAUUCCAAGAUUAGAGCUUUGCGGCGCAUGGUUAUUGGCUCGAUUAUUACAUUUUGUGCUCCAAAAUCUAACUAGAAUCAAUAUCGAAAGGGUGAUUGCCUGGUCUGAUUCUACGGUGGCCCUGGCAUGGAUAAAGUCACAAACAGCGCAACUGAAGACAUUCGUAGCAAAUAGAGUUGCACAAAUACAGCAAACAACCACACCAGACAUGUGGAGACAUGUACCAACCAAGGAGAACCCGGCAGACUGUGCAUCAAGGGGACUGUCGCCAAAACAACUCGCCCAUCACGUUCAAUGGUGGAUGGGACCGACUUUUCUCAGAAUGUCAGAAGAAUAUUGGCCGUCCACAGAAGCAGAGAUGGCAACCGAUGAAUCUCGUGAGGAGCAACUUGAGACGAAGUUAAUCACGCUAAUUACGACCGAAACCUUGGCAGAAUGUCCGCUAUUGUACCAGUCGGACAGUUGGACAAAAAUUACGCAUUUGGCUUGCUAUUGGCUGCGAGUACGUAAGCGUCUCCAAAAAAAGGAAAUUCCAGACCGUCAGACACCACCCACUUCCGCUGAAAUCGAUGAAGCUAUACGGGCAUUGGUGCUAUGGACACAACGAGUGUAUUUUUCCGAUGAUCUCAACAAUCUGAAACAUAACCGAGCAUGUUCCUCUAAGCUGAGGAAGCUUGCUCCAUUUCUAGAUUGCGAAAACGUGAUAAGGGUGGGUGGACGUUUAAAGCGUGCAGAUUUACCAUUUGAACAAAAAUGUCCAAUUCUAUUACCUAAAGAAGCACGGAUGACUCAGCUUUUGAUUGACCAGGUACAUAGAAGCAACGGCCACCCAGGUGCACAAACCGUACAGAACAUUAUACGGCAACAUUUUUGGGUAUUGUCGGCAAGAAGUGUUAUCCGAAAGCAACUCCACCGUUGUAUACCAUGUUUCAGAGCACUACCUCGAGCUCCUCGCCCGAUCAUGGGAGAUUUACCGCAACCACGACUUGAACAAAUCAAACCAUUCGAGAAAGUUGGCGUUGAUUUUGCGGGACCAUUUGACGUAAAGGCUGCUCUGUUACGCCGACUGCGGGUCACAAAGGCAUACAUAUGCAUAUUCGUAUGCAUGGCGACUAAAGCUAUACACAUAGAGCUUGCAUCGGACUUGUCGACGCCCACAUUUAUCGCAGCCCUCGAACGUUUUAUCGCACGCCGAGGACGUUGCACGGAAAUAUAUAGUGACUGCGGGACUAACUUUGUGGGAGCUAAUCAUUACUUAAAGGAGGUGCAAGACAUUUUGAAGUCUUCUACAACCAUAAGUUAUUGUUCCUCUAAUCAAGUAGCCUGGCACUUUAAUCCCCCUGCUGCGCCGCACAUGGGGGGCCUCUGGGAGGCAGCCGUUAAGUCGGCUAAGGGGUUAUUACGGCGGAUAGUUCAAAAUCAAGUCCUUACCUACGAAGAACUCAAUACCAUUCUACACAAAAUAGAAGCAACCCUAAAUUCAAGGCCAUUAAGCGCACUCUCCAGCGAUCCUAACGACUUUGCACCACUCACCGCAGGGCAUUUUUUGACUAUGGGUCCACCAGCAUCUAUACCACAACCAUGUACACAAAACCAUCCACUAGCCCACACUCUACGUCAACGUUGGACCCUGGUUCAGCAGAUCCAACUUCACUUCUGGCAACGAUGGCAAAAGGAAUACUUACAAACUCUACAAGCGAGAAAUAAGUGGCAACGUCCAGAUAGGAACCUAGCGGUGGAUGACUUGGUCAUCAUUCAAGAACCCACACCACCACUCACAUGGAGUACAGCGCGCGUCGUUAAAAUAUACCCUGGCGAAGACAACGUCGUCCGAGUAGCAGAUGUCAAAUUAGCCAAUGGAAAGACUCUCAAGCGACCAGUGGUUAAGUUAUGCCUUUUACCGCUGUGA